AAUAACCUUUAUAAGUUUGUAAAUAGAAGCCAUGAGAAACACAGGCCAUUUUUGUGAGGACUUUUAUUGUGAAAUUUGAAACAUUCCAAUAAAGGUCUUUCUUGUGAAAUCAUGUUUUAAAUUAUUAUGCAACGAGAAAUUGCCUAGACAAAAAAAAUGUGAUUAAACUAAUAAUAAUAAUAAUUACAUUUAUGAAGGUUAAAAAUAUGUGUGGAGUCACAAAAGUUGCCUCAUUAAAGGUGCAGUUAAAGGUAUAGUUCACCCAAAAAAAUAUAAUUAAUUUACUCACCCUCAUGCCAUUUCCGCUGUAUAUGGCUGAGUUUGGAAUGGCAUACUAUCAACACUACUUCUGCCAUAUGUUUCUAUGUAGUAUGCCAUUCCAAACUCCGAAUGUGACUUUCUUCUGCAACACAGAGUUUCAGAAGAAUAUAUCCGCUUUGUAGGUCCAUACAAUUCAAGUGAAUGGGCACCAAAUUUUGGUACCCUUUUUUCACUAUCAAUCUCCACUUUCACAUCUUUCGACGGGUGGAUUUUCUGGACCUGUUUAUUUUUGUUACUUUAGAUUGUAACUAGUACUUUUAUAAGCUUUAGCAAUCACGUCUAAUGUGUCAAGUAUAAGUAAUAGGGCGCUAAGCAAGUAACUUAAGAAACUAACGCCUAAUUGAAUACCGAGCUUUACAUUCGUGCUUUGUCCACCGCAAAAAUAAAAUAAAUCUAAGCCGAAUAGCUCUAAUUUUAUAAGUCUAUUUUUUAUUUAUUUAUUUUUUAUUUUUUUAUUUUGCGAAUAACAGUUAGCCGCUUAGCUAGCAAGUAAUAACUCAAAACAAGUCACACAAACAAAGAAGAAGAAGAAAAAGAAGCCUUCAACGCCCUUUUCUUUUAAGCUGUCUAAUCAACCAAAUCUGUGACCGUAUCGCUGGAAUAAAUCGUUUGUGUCAGUUGGCGAUGUGUAAUUGUAAUAGUUGUCUGUGAACAUGCCCGCGGGUCGGGAGCGCGCAUCAGCUGACAUCUGCAGAGAGAGCACAGCCAGACAUGGAUCAACUCAAAGUCAAAGACAGGAUCCUUGAAAAUAUCUCUCUCUCCGUCAAGAAGUUGCAGAGUUACUUUGCUGCCUGUGAGGAUGAGACACCAGCCAUCAGGAAUCAUGACCGGGUUCUUCAGCGGUUGUGUGAACACCUUGAUCAUGCUCUGCUUUAUGGACUGCAGGACAUCUCAUCCGGUUACUGGGUCCUCGUGUUACAUUUCACACGGCGAGAGGCUGUCCGACAGAUUGAUGAGCUCCAACACAUUGCUACCAAUCUUGGCAGAAGCCGUGCCUGGCUCUACUUGGCACUCAGUGAAAGUUCUUUAGAAAGCUACCUCAGACUUUUUCAAGAGAAUCAAGGACUACUACAGAAAUACUAUUACAAGAAUGCAUUGGUUUGCAGUCAUGACCAUCUCACUCUGUUUCUUACGCUUGUCUCUGGGCUGGAAUUUAUCCGGUUUGACCUCGAGCUGGAUGUGCCAUACCUGGAUGUUGCUCCUUACAUGCCAGAAUACUACAAACCUCUAAAUCUGUUGGAUUUUGAGGAGAGGUUGCCAAGCUCUGAUAGUCUGUCUCUGCACUCUUUCACAUCUCUCACCUCCACUAACCUUGAGUGGGACGACAGUGCCAUUGCCCCAUCCAGUGAAGAUUAUGAUUUUGGUGACAUCUUCCCUGUGUUGCAGUCAUUGCCAAGUGCAGACUGGGAAGAAGGAGACUUGACCGAUCUAGUCAGUGGGCCUCGUUCCUCAGGUUCAGACCCUCAGACUGUAGUCAGUGACUGUGUAGUGGUGAGGACUUCUGCUGGCAACAUCAGGACCACAUCUCUUUCGCGAAGCCCUACACUUCUACACAACCCCUUCAAUGAGGACUCAGACACAAACACUUCAGCUGACGUCACCCCAGUCCACAUGGCUAGCCGUCAUUUUUCUACAACAGGAGAAGACCCUGAGAACGCCAACAAUGAGCUGGAGGUCAUUAGGAUGGCAAGACGCAGAAGACCUGGUAAGAAACAACGCGGGAGGGGAUCGACAGACUCUGUGAGCAGUGAGCAGAAUGUAAUUUCUCCAGACAGGCCUGACACUGAGGAAUGCAUACAGAUUGUAGUUGAGAGGGACAUUGGUGUGGACAGCCUUAAUGUGGACAAAUGGGUUGCUCUAGAGGGGCCAGACUGUCCUGGGACCAACUUUCUCAGGAAUGGGAGAGAGGAGGGAGAGGUUGAAGACCCUGGAGCUGGGCUGAGGCUCCCAAAGAUGACAGACACCUCUAUGGACAGUGUGGGGCAGCCCCUCCGGGAUGUCAUGGACAGAUUGAACGGCUCUCUGGAUGGAGAGAGCUGGGAGCAACGUGAAGGUGAAGAGGUGGAGGGAAUUGGUGGAGUGGGCGGAGCUUACACUAUUCAUGAUGGUGCCAGCUCUGCCAUGGGACCCCUCCACCAGCGGCCCUUUCGAGAGGACUCGGGUGGGGAACCCCCAGACCCAGACUCCCAGCCAAACCCCAGCUUCCUGCAGGCCCCCCUGCCACCUGCAGACUUCUACUGCUUUACCUCCCAGAGUCCAGACCCUGCUGCCUCGUGUGGUGGCCACCAUGACUCUGCAGGGAAUUGCAAGCCGCAGGAUGUUCCUGGUGGCCAUGAAGAUGAGAGAAAAACAGAAGCAGGGCAGGAUACCUCCAUCCCCAUAGAGGAGUCAGAUGUGGAGGAUCAGAUUAAAACAGAAGAAAAGCAGGAGGAAGAUAAAGACAGAGCAUUGCAGAGCUCCCAUGCUGCAGAGUUUAAGGUGGAUAAUAAUCACCUACUGCUGCUCAUGAUUCACGUUUUUAGGGAGAAUGAAGAACAACUCUUUAGGAUGGUGAGGAUGAGUACAGGCCACAUGGAAGGAGAUUUGCAGCCCCUUUAUCUGCUUUUGACAAAUUGCUACAUUUACCUCUUGCGAAAAGGGGCAGCAGAGAAGCCCUACAGUGUUGAGGAGGCCGUGUCUUACAAUGAGCUGGACUACAUAUCUGUUGGACUCCACCAGCAGACUUUCACUCUAGUCUGCACUAACAGAAGACGGCACUUCCUUCUGGACACAGCAGAUUCAUCACUGACUAUCUGGUUUCUGACUGUGCUGAAGACAGCUCUGGAAAACAGUUGCAGGGAGCCUCCCUACCCCUCUGUUCUUACUGACGCCACCAUGGAGAAACUUGCUCUCUCUAAGUUUGUGUGCCAAGAGACUCAUUGUGAGCAACGACACACUCAAGAAGCAGCUGCUGCACACCAGAGAGUCAAAGACAUCACGCAAGCGAGAAUGUUGUCAGAGGUGAGUAUUCGUCUGUAUUCUCUGGUUCACUGGGAGGAUCCAAUGGAUGUGUCUGUGGCUUCACCUACAUCUCCAUCGGGCUCAAGAUCCAGCAGCACAAAAGAGGGGGCGCUCUUAUACCAGGCCGGGAGCUCCUAUCUGGGGAAGGAAGUGUGGAAAAGCUGUUACUUGGUGCUCAGCAAUGGAAUCCUCUAUCUGUAUGCUGAGAAAACAGAUGUUACACCUUUGAUGUCUGUUACCAUGGGGGGUGAGCACUGUGGAGGUUGCAGGCGAUCAAACAGCUUAGAAAAGCCACACGCAUUUCAGGUGAUCCUGACGGAACAUCCUCCAUUAGAGCUCAGUGCAGAGAAUGAACAGGAAAUGGCUGACUGGAUGCAGCUGCUUUGCCAGUCUGCCUCUAAAGGGGUUAUUCCACAAGGAGUGGCCCCUGCACCCUGUAUCCCAUGCUGCCUUGUGCUCACAGACAGGAAGUUGCUGACGUGUCACCAGGAUUGCCAGACUAGUUUUUUCCGUUCUCUAGGAGAAGCUGAUCUGAACGAUGUCACAGCUGUUUGCCUGGAGGAGGAUAAAGAAUACUGUGUCAUUGAGUUUGCCGAAGAUCAUGUUCAGUUUCUCCCCCCCUGGGUUCUAUAUUUUAGUGGAUGUGAGGAGAGAGAUCGUCUACUAGCAGAAUUGCAUCAAGCUUGGACUGCUGUUUUCCAGGUGAGCCUACCUCAUAAGCCAGUGUCAGACCUGUCAUUGCAGAAGCGGUGCGGGGAGGCACUGGAGCUGAUGAAGAGUGCCUGGCAGAGGAGUGACAGUAUACACAGAGGCCGAUCCGAGAGAGAGCCCUGGUGCUGACUACCUGUCAAUCACCGCAUUGAGCCCACGAUUGGAUAGGUUAGGACGGGGAGGUCAGCUCUCCAGCAAACCUACUCUUUAUGUAGGUAUGAGCAGACCAUGUGACAUCUACAGCUCAUAAAGAGGAGAUACAGAUACUAAAUUGGAGGAAAAUUUGAACAGUGUGGGCUCAUGUGAUAUUUAACUAAUGAUGAGGCAUUACCUUGUUUACACUUGCCUUGCACAAAUAUUUAAAGAGUUCUGUUAGCUUUUGCUGUCACAAGUGGAGGCGUGCAACAGGAAAAAGAAAAAAGCAAUCUGUUCCAUCAUACAUAAUUGGAAUAUGUAGAGUGUAAAUACAUAAUCGGCAACAAGAAGCAUACAAUUUUUUUUUUUUUUACCUUACCUGUCCUCCUUGUGUAAAUUUGUCAAUGUACAGACACUGUACAUGCAUAUACAAUAAGUCGAGGUACGUCUUGCUUUCUGAGCACUUGUGGUCACUCCAGUUAACAAAGUGAAGGAGGAUUUUAGUUACAUUUACUUUAUUGAUACUUUCUGGCUGCUUUAAAAUGAUCAUCAUUUUAAGUUGGCUAAAGUAUUAAAAGCCAUUCCCUGUUCCUUUCUUAGUGGUACAUUAGAUGUAAUAUAACACUUAAAGCAAAAUACUGUAAAGUUUGUUUUAAGAAUGUAGAGAGGGAUUUUAAAGAGAGUAAACUUGAGUAUGUGAAUACUUGUCGGACUGUAAUGAAUGGAAACAAAACAGAAGCACAAUCUCAGGUAUGUUGAAGUUUGUUCCAGUCAACAGUGAUGUUAAAUGAUACAUUGCUGGACAGUGGUGGAAUGCAUUUGUUCGUUUGCAAAUUCAAGUGGGGUUGAAGAAAAAACUUUUUUUUAUCAUUUUAUUUUAUGCUUUGUGACUGUUAAAAUGGGAAUGACCUAAUCAAUUACAGUUGAAGUCAGAAGUUUACAUACACUUAGGUUGAAGUCAUCAAAACUAAUUUUUUAACCACUCCACAGAUUUCAUAUUAGCAAACUAUAGUUUUGGCAACUCGUUAACUACUUUGUGCAUGACUCGAGUAAUUUUUCCAACAAUUGUUUACAGACAGAUUGUUUCACUUUUAAUUGACUAUAUCACAAUUCCAGGGGGUCAGAAGUUUACAUACACUAAGUUAACUGUGCCUUUAAGCAGCUUGGAAAAUUCCAGAAAAUGAUGUCAAGCCUAAUUUAGCUUCUGAUAGGCUAAUUGGAGUCAAUUGGAGGUUUACCUGUGGAUGUAUUUUAAGGCCUACCUUCAAACUCAGUGCCUCUUUGCUUGACAUCAUGGGAAAAUAAAAAAAAAUCAGCCAAGACCUCAGAAAAAAAUUUGUGGACCUCCACAAAUCUGGUUCAUCCUUGGGAGCAAUUACCAAAUGCCUGAAGGUACCACGUUCAUCUGUACAAACAAUAGUAUGCAAUAAUAAACACCAUGGGACCACGCAGCCAUCAUACCGCUCAGGAAGGUGAUGCAUUCUGUCUCCUAGAGAUGAACAUAGUUUGGUGCGAAAAGUGCAAAUCAAUCCCAGAACAACAGCAAUGGACCUUGUGAAGAUGCUGGAGGAAACAGGUAGACAUGUAUCUAUAUCCACAGUAAAACAAGUCAUAUAUCGACAUAACCUGAAAGGCUGCUCAGCAAGGAGGAAGCAACUGCUCCAGACUACAGUUUGCAAGUGCACAUGGGGACAAAGAUCUUAUUUUUUGGAGAAAUAUCAUCUGGUGUAAUGAAACAAAAUUGUAACUGUUUGGCCAUAAUGACCAUCGUUAUGUUUGGAGGAAAAAGGGUGAGGCUUGCAAGCCGAAGAACACCAUCCCAACCGUGAAGCAUGGGGUGGCAGCAUCAUGUUGUGAGGGUGCUUUGCUGCAGGAGGGACUGGUGCACUUCACAAAAUGGAUGGCAUCAUGAUGUGGAUAUAUUCAAAAUCUCAAGACAUCAUCCAGGAAGUUAAAGCUCGGUCGCGAAUGGGUCUUCCAAAUGGGCAAUGACCCCAAGCAUACCAACAAAGCUUUGGCAAAAUGGCUUAAGGACAACAAAGUCAAGGUAUUGGAGUGGCCAUCACAAAGCCCUGACCUCAAUCUGAUAGAAAAUUUGUGGGCAGAACUGAAAAAGUGUGUGCGAGCAAGGAUGCCUACAAACCUGACUCAGUUACACCAGUUCUGUCUGGAGGAAUGAGCCAAAAUUCCAGCAACUUAUUGUGAGAAGCUUGUGGAAGGCUACCCAAAAUGUUUGACCCAAGUUAAACAAUUUAAAGCAAUGCUACCAAAUACUAACAAAGUGUAUGUAAACAUCUGACCCACUGGGAAUGUGAUGAAAGAAAUAAAAGCUGAAAUAAAUAAUUCUCUCUACUAUUAUUCUGAUAUUUCACAUUCUUAAAUAGUAGUGAUCCUAACUGACCUAAGACAGGGAAUGUUUUCUAUGAUUAAAUGUCAGGAAUUGUGAAAAACUGAAUUAAAUUUGUUUGGCUAAGGUGUAUGUAAACUUCUGACAUCAACUGUAUAUUCUAACACUCAAAUGUCGCAGAUACACUAAAUGUUGCACGUGCAUUGUUUCAAAGAUAUGUUAAUAUGAUAACAGCUGUAAAUUAAGAGUGACUUUUUCUUGUAAAUGGGAAAAGUAUGAAUAAACAAUAAUAGUUGCAUUUUUAAU